CUGGCAGGGGGGCGUACUCCCUAAUGGUACACACAGGCUCCCUGAGAAUGGGGGUGAGAGGGGAAGAUGAUGAUGGCCUCUGGUCCUGUGAAUGGUUUUGAAUGAAUUACAACUCCAAGAGAAGCUAGUGUUCCUAAUGAAGAGGGCCAGUCAGGCCCAGAAGUUUUGAGAUCUGUAUCUGUAUCCUUCAUAGGAAAGCCCCCCUCUGUGGAUCUCCUCCCAUGGAUCACUUAACUAGGCACAGUUCUUUUGAAUUCCCUGUCUCACUUGCCUACUUCUAUCUUCUUCUUAAUGCCCAAAAUCUUUAACAGCUUUCUAUACUUUUCAGAGUUUUCCACUAGCAUUGCCCCACCCCACUCCACUUUCCUGGGUCAGUGCUCUGUAUUUGGGCACUCUCUUCCCAUCUCACUGUCCCCAAUCAAAACUCACUUAUUUAUUCUAUUCCCCCUAGAUCCUUUUGGUUACCUGAACUGAUAGCAAUAUACUAUCCCUCUAGGGGUAUCUCUCCAGAAAGCCUGACUCAAAAGUAACAGGGGAAGUGUCAUGAAAAGAAGAUUUGGGGGUAGAUGUAGUUUUAUGGCACAUGGUCUAAGCCUACCGUGUAGACCAUUUUCUCUCUUGCCUAUGCAUAGGACUAGUCUCUGUGUCUACUUGCCUCUGUCUUUGUGUGUCUGUCUGUCUCUGUCUCUCUCUGUCUCUCUCUUUUUUCAGUCUGUGCCCUUAACCACCUUGUUCCUGAACUCUGACCUUGAAGAAAAUGGAGAUAAAGACAGGUGGGGAAACCUAGAAAAAAGCUAAUCAUCAUGGUUCAUAUUUAUAUUUCACUUUACUAUACUUAACAAAGUCUUUUCUACAUGACAACCAUAGGAGCUAGAUAGAUAAAUAUCGUCAAUAAGGAAACUGAGGCUUAUAGAUAAGAAAGGACUUGUUUAUAGUUAGAAGACAAAUAAAUGACAGAAUUCAAAUCCUGAUUUUCUAUAUUCAGAUUCUUUGCUCUUUCCAUUACACUAGGUUACCCUUGUACUAACAGACAAAUUCACCAGUCUUAAGGACACAUAUCUUCAUUCUAUAUGGAAACAUUGGGAUUCAGAAACAUCUCAAGACACAGACCUUUCAUACUUACUCAUAUCAUGGAGGGAGAAACUAUGUGAGAGCUCUGAGUGCCCAAAGCAGGAAUAGCUGGAGACAUUCCAAGGAGAAGAAAGCCACUGAAACUUUCAUUGAAGAGCUUAGACCUGCGCUGGCCUUUUUAUAGGGGCUGACCUGACCUGACAUUCACUACAGGCAUCAUAUCAACCACACAUAUUCUCAUAAAGGUCACACUUCAUGAACCAAAUUAGCCAUUCCUCUUUGUUGAUUAUUGUUUGAGCUGUUAAAAAUAGGAAUUAGGAAGCACGUGUGACAUCCAGGAAGCAGUGGAGGCCACUUCUCAGGAGGCUGAACCAUGGUCCGUGUCCAAAUUGGCCUAAAGAGAUAUCAGAAUGACUAGCAAACUUAGAAGCUUUCUCUGGAAGAGCCCUAAGAGACAAUCUUGUCCCAAAUUCUCAUAUACAGAGGGGGAAACUGAGGUCCAAACACAGUAAAUGGCUUGCCCAAGGCACACAGUAAGUAGCAGAGCUAAGAGCCACACUUAGGUCCUUUGAGUUGCCUUAAAAAAAAAAAAAAAAAAAAAAAAAAGACCUGGGUUCAGGCUUAGCUCUUUAAGUUACCAUGGAAUGAAGAGAACAAUAACAAAGAUGUUUAAGUGAUAGAAGUGAAGCUUAGGAAGGACAGAAAAGGAGUCAGAUUUUUAGGUUGGAAAGAGUGUGUUUGGGUCUGGGAAAAUAAGAUGGUUUCUAGAAACUAAGAUUCAUUGGUUGUCUGCUACUUGUUAGAGUGCAUAAAAUACUGGACUUAAAGAGUAAGGAAUAUCUGAGUUAAGAUCUGAGUUCAAAUUCUGCUUCAUAUACCUGCCAGUUGUAUGCCCUUGGGAAAGUCAUAACUUCUGUGUCUCAUCUGUAAAAUGAGGUGGUUGGAUUAAUUCUGCACAAUAAAAAUAUCUUCAAAAAACAUAGGGGGGAAGAAGGGAGGGAACCUAAGGGAUCAAUUAAUAGGAUCACAGAGUUAGUAAGGACCUUGGAGGCCAUCUGGACCAGCUGCUUCAUUUUAGAGACAAACAAAAAUUGAAAAGUUAAAUGGAUUGCCCAAGGUCACAUAGGAGAAUUGAAUCCAGGUCCCCUUGCUCCAGACUUAGCAUGCUUUGCAUGGCUUCAUCUUGCCUCUUAUUUGCGCUGCAGUCGACCCCCAGACUCUCUGUUCCUCUAUCCCAAGGAAAGGGUCACCACCAUCAUCCUGAAAGACUCCUCCUGGGAAGAAGGCAAAUGGAUUCCUCUUCAUGCCCAGAGACAACCCUGCCCUCCUUGCUUAUCUCAGCAAUGUGCAGAGCCCAGCCCAGCUCAGAGGGCACUGAGAUGGAUCACAGAGAGCUACAGGACAGGUCCCCAUUGUAACAAAAAAGGAGCACUGGAGUUUCUGGCUUCUCUCUGUUUCCUCUACUCCAUCUUGGUUGUCCCUGGCCUCUCCUGCCCAACUUGAGGGAUAAUGUCCUUAGCUUAGCCCACUUGUUGGGGAAAUGUCGGCCAACUCCACCUCCAAUGGCCCUGAUAUCCCGGCAUGUCCUGACUACCGACUUUUCCACCGCCUGCACCUGGUGGGCUACAGUCUGGUGCUUGCCACUGGUCUUCCCCUCAAUGCCUUGGCACUAUGGGUGUUCCUCCGAGCCCUACAGGUCCACUCGGUGGUCAGUGUCUACAUGUGUAACCUGGCAGCUAGCGAUCUGCUUUUUACCCUUUCCUUGCCCCUGCGGAUCUCCUACUACGCUCUUCACUAUUGGCCCCUUCCAGACCUCCUGUGCCAGACAGCAGGGGCUGCCUUCCAGAUGAAUAUGUACGGCAGCUGCAUCUUCUUGGCCCUCAUCAAUAUGGAUCGUUAUGUUGCAAUCGUCCACCCGCUGCGGCUCCGCCACCUACGCAGGCCUAUGGUGGCAAGACUGCUCUGCCUGGGUGUCUGGGCUUUGAUUCUGGUGUGUGCUGUGCCUGCUGCUCGGGUUCAUGCUCCUUCACCCUGCUAUUAUGAGAACAUCACUGUCAACCUGUGCUUCGAGAGCUUCAGUGAGAAGUUGUGGCAGGGCAAGCUGCUGCCGCUGGUACUUCUUGCUGAAGGGCUGGGUUUCAUACUGCCCUUGAUAACCAUGAUCUACUCUUCCAGUCGGGUCUUCUGGACCUUGGCCCGGCCCAGUACCACCAGGAGUGAACGACGCAGGAAAACGGUGCGCCUCCUGCUGGCUAACCUGGUCAUUUUCCUCCUGUGCUUUGUGCCCUACAAUACGGCCCUGGCUGUGUAUGGGCUGCUUCGGGGAAAGCUGGUAGAUGCCAGCUCCGAAGCCCGGGACAAGGUGCGCCAGGUGUUGGUGGUGAUGGUAGUGUUGGCUAGUGCCAACUGCGUCUUAGAUCCCCUUGUAUACUAUUUCAGUGCAGAGGGCUUCCGAAACACCCUACGAGACCUGGGAACUACACGAUGGGUAAAAGUCAGAUCUGCCAAUGGAUCUCAGGGACUACCUAGGCAACGGGAAAGUGGUAAUCUCUCCACUAAUGUUGAAGACACCUCUCACUGUGAACUGCUCUCACCUACACCUCUGGAAAAGUCCUUCAGUCAAUCCAUCAAAGAUUCAACUAUCUGAGCAGAAACACUGGCUGGAUUUCCCCUCCAACUCCAUUCUCAAGCACUUUAUGAGAUUGCAAAUGAUCAAGGUAGUGUGGAAACAGGAUCAGGUACUCAGACUCAGGUUUCAAUCUUGGCUCUUAUUUCCAGGAACAAACAAAUCUUAAGUAUACAGAAGGAGUGCUAUAGAACCAUCUUUCUUAAAGAGGAGGAGAAAUCCUUUCCUCCUUCCUCUGCCCAAAGAGAGGGAAACCUGAAUACCCAAGUUCUAAAUUUGGCCCGUUUGAAGUUACCCAGUUGAACAGUCUGCUGAAAAGUUUUCUCACUAGAAUUUUUUCUGCAAGGUAUGCUUCCUCAUACCACUGGGCCUUAGAUCCCUUUAUUUUGUUUUGGAGGGGUGGGUUGGUAGGGAGGGAUGAAGGAAUCAUAGACUAAUAAAAUUGAAAGUAGGAAAUGAUUCUCCUCUUCUACAG